AUGUCUUGGCACAUUUUGAUCGCAGCUUUUAUCGGUCUUGCUGUGGCUCAACCAGGUAUCGUUUUUCUCUGAAAAUAUUAAUAGUUUAUUAUUUAUUUAUAGGUCCAAAAGUAGUUGAUGAAACAACUCGUUGGUCUCAAUGUAGAGAUUCCAAUCAAUCAAUCUACGAUUUCCAAGUUGAGACUCUUCAAGGAGAUUACACAGACCUCAGCCAAUAUAAAGGACAAGUCUUACUUGUUGUCAAUGUUGCCACCUUCUGUGGUAAGUUUGAUUCAUUCUGUUCCAGAACCAUAUUUUAUUUCCGCAAAACAACACAAAAUUUUAUCUUUUCUUUCUGUCCGUUCGAUAUGAUUGAUUCUCGAUGACAGUUUCAGAAAGUGAAAAUGAUAUGAACCUGUUUGGUCAUUUUCUCGAAUGAUAGUUGUUUCAAGAAAAAUUUUGCAGCUUACACCCAACAAUACACUGAUUUCAACCCACUCAUCGAAAAAUAUCAAUCACAAGGAUUCACUUUGAUCGCUUUCCCAUGCAAUCAAUUCUACCUUCAAGUAUGUAGAUUGAACUAAUUAUUGAGAAUUUUAUCAAAAUUCUGUUACUUUUUUCAGGAGCCAGCUGAGAAUCACGAAUUGAUGAAUGGAAUUAUGUAUGUCCGCCCAGGAAAUGGAUGGAAACCACACCAAAACUUGCACAUUUAUGGUAAACUUGAAGUCAACGGUGAAAACCAUCAUCCACUCUACGAAUUCGUCAAAGAAUCGUGCCCACAAACUGUUGACAAAAUCGGAAAGACCGACGAACUUAUGUACAACCCAGUCAGACCUUCAGAUAUCACAUGGAACUUUGAGAAAUUCUUGAUUGAUCGUAACGGUCAACCACGUUUCCGUUUCCAUCCAACCGCGUGGAGUCACGGUGAUGUUGUGACACCAUUCAUUGAACAACUUUUGGCUGAACCAGCUAACUAA